CUCUCGCAAACCACUUUCGCCCAUCCUGCCUCUCACUCCCUCUAGCGCUAGUUGACCACCGGCAUCGUCAUAUCCUUUAUUGCUAUCAUACUCUAAUUCCAAUGGGAGACGUCGCAGUGGAAGUUGGAGACAUCUCCCACCCAAAGUGUGCGGCCGAUGUGCCAGCGACCCCGAACACAUUCCCACGCAACAGCUGGUACAGCAGCGAGGCGUUCGGGGCUCCUCCGUACACUCUCUACAGCUGCUGUUACACAUCAUGCUGUGCUGCGAGCGAGGCCAGCAUGGCGUGGUCGCGUACGCUCGGGGUUGCGCCCAUGAUUCUGGUUGAUGGGACGCGGUGCGAUCCGCCGGCUGAGACGGGGCACCGCGACGACAUUGUCGACGACACGGUCUUCAUGCUAGCCAUCUUCGACAAGGUGCACGAGAUCACAUGGUACGCUCGUCGUCGCAUGAUGUUCGUGGGCAUGGACAAGUGGCCGCGCCAGACGGCGCUCAUGUGGGUGCGCUGGACAGAUGCGACGAUUGUGGACGUGUAUGGCGUGGCGUGCACCACACUCAAGCGCACCCCUGGACGCGUACUCGCGCCGCCGGAGCUGGACGACGUCUACUGGUUCGUGCGCGACGCGCUCGAUCUGUGGCAGCAUAAGUGGCCCCUUGUCGCUCUUCCGCCUGAGCCCAGGCGCCUAAAAGACUACUUCCCGUUCCCGCUGUCUGUGCUCGGCCGCUUUUCGCCGCACUUUGAACCAUACGAGGUACUUUCCUGGUCGGCCGAUGGCGAGCCGCUCAGUCGGAUGGUCAUUCCUGCGGGUCCGCUGCCGCCCCCGUGGCAGCCGGUCGAGGAGGGCGAAGUGUUCAAUGCCGAGGGUCUUGCCACCAUACUCGCAGUCAAGGAUAAAUUCCGCGACAAACGUUUCGCUUUUUUCAAGGAGUAUGCGGAACAGCAGGGCGCCGACAGCACCGAAGACACCAGGGCAGCAGAUAGGGCCGCGUUCUUUGACGUGCGUGAGGAAGAGCAGCCCCUCAGUGCUGCUAGCGUUGUCGUCCACGUGGGGCCCAAAUUGUAGGCUUAAGCGGGUCAGGACUUUCUGAGUGGUGGUGUGUGUAUGUGACGCCGAGAUAUUGUUGUCCUAUAUUUUGUUUUCCAUAUUGCGAUGAAUCAUGUAGUGUAACGG